GUUGAAAACGUCAUGGAGGGCCGCGAUUUCAAUCUCCGAGUGCAACGCAGCGAGCUAGAGGCCAUGUGCGCCGACCUUGUUGAACGCAUAAGGAAGCCCAUCACCGCCGCCCUGGAAGUAUCAGCUGUGCCCCUCGAGAGCAUCCAGAGUGUCAUUCUGUUUGGCGGCGGCACUCGUGUGCCUAUGAUCCAAGCGGCCUUGAAAGAGGUUACCGGAAAAAGUGAACUUGGCAAGAGUAUAAACUCCGAUGAGGCAGCCGCCAUGGGCGCCGUCUACCAGGCUGCCUAUCACACCCCCGGCUUCAAGGUCAAACGCUUCGUAGCCAAGGACAUUAACCGUUUCCCAGUACUGGUCACAUUCCCAAGAAUUCCAAAGGAGGAUGAAACCGAUGUAUUGACCGAGGACCCCUUCAUUACUCGUACCCUCUUCCAAAUUGCGAAUCCUUGUCCACAGAGGCGCAGCAUUACCUUCAAUCGGCUAGCAAAGGACAUGUCCUUCACUGUCUACUAUGGUGACAUUCCGUCUGGUCUUCAAAGCUACGUUGAAGGCUCGCAGAACCUGAUGAACGUGACCAUCUCCGAGGUGGCGGAGACAGCAAGCAAAUUCCGAAACUACUCUACACGUGGAGUCAAAGCGCAUUUCUCCCUCGAUUUCAGCUGUGUGCUGCGUCUCACUGAGGUCAACCUCCUGCUUGAUCUAAUAAACGACACGACAACGGCUUCCAAGGGCGGCUCUGCUUUGCAAAAACUCGCUGAUGGGAUAAGCAGCUUCUUUGGCGGUGGUGGCAAGGGCGAAGCUACUACUGAAGAAACUCCCGACACCGCGAAUGCCACCACACCUGAAUCUCCCUCUGACGCCACAAGCACUCCUACCCCGGCAACAGCCUCGGACGCCCCGACGUCUGAGCCACCCGCUACCACUGCCGCACCACCCCCACCACCACUUAAGGUUCGUAAAAGACCGCGUGGUUAA